AUGUUUUCAAGGAAUUCAAUUCAAUUGAUACGGAAUUCAUUAUUAAAAUCAUCUCCAAAAUCAAUACUAUCACCUCACUAUUCUUAUCGUCAAUCAAAUCAAUUAUUUCAAUCAAAAAUGCCUUUAAUCACCAUAUCUCAAUCCCUCGAUGAAUCAUAUUCCAAACAUAAAAUCAUCCCUGAUGUCAUUGAUGAAUUCACUACUCAAGGCUUAUUAACCAUUGCUUAUAAUGAUCAAGAUCAAGUGGCUUUAGGUAAUACUUUAAAUGUCCUCAAAACUCAAAAUAAACCCAAAAUUCAAUUCACAUUAAAUAGUCCCACCGUCGAUGGUCAAUUUGAACCCAUUAAAAAUAAUGAUAAAUUCAUUCUUGUCUUAACUGAUCCUGAUGCUCCAUCUAAUUCAGAUCAUAAAUGGUCAGAAUAUGCUCAUUGGAUAAUCACCGAUUUGAAAUUAAAUGAUUCAUCAAGUUCUUCUUCUUCUUCAACAGAAUCAAAUAAUGAUAUAAGUCAUAUUUUAGAUUAUUCAAAGGGGAAAGAAAUCUUAUCUUAUUCCGGUCCUGCUCCACCAGCCAAAACUGGUAAACAUAGAUAUGUUUAUUUAUUUUAUAAACAAGAUCCUGAUGUAACUAAUUUUCAAAUUCCAAAUGAUAGACCAAAUUGGGGUACGGGUAUUCCAAGUAGUGGAGUUAGAGAUUGGAUUAAAAAGAAUGCUCCAAAACUGAAAUUAUUAAGUGUCAAUUUCUUUUAUGCUCAACAUGAAGAUAAUUAA